AUGCCAUCGGCGACUUGGAGCUCUCCCAGCAUCAAAGCAGACACCAUGUCGACAUGUGGAUCGGGCACCAGGAAGGAGGACUACAACCUAGGACUUCACGUGGGAGCACUGUUCAUCAUCCUUGGAGUCUCAGCCGGAGCAUGUGCGCUACCAUUGAUGGCACUAAAGGUGCCACAGCUGCGGAUCCCAGCAAAAGCGCUUUUCGUAUUCAGGCAUUUCGGGACUGGAGUUCUUAUCGCGACAGCUUUCGUACAUUUGUUCCCAACAGCAUCCGUCUCGUUGACCGAUCCAUGCUUGCCCAGCUUCUUCAAUGAGAAGUAUCCAGCUUUCGCAGGCGCCAUUGCCCUCGCGUCUGUGUUCAUCAUCACCAUUGCAGAGAUGAUCUUUAGUCCAGGGAGAUCACUGUGUUCUGGACCCAGCGCAGAUUCUCAUGUAGUGGGCGCAAAUGAAUCGAAGAUAGCAUCGCCACCAAUGUCUCAAGAGCCGUCAUUCAUGGCAGACGAUAUCACGCCAGCUCAAACAACGCCACAAUUCGGACGCACCCGCUCAGGCCGAAAAGACAACCCAAAGCGCACACCAGCACAACACGACCAAGCCUUCACAGACACCCUGGCUUACGAAGAAGCACAAAUCUCGCUCGCACUUGCCGACAUUCGACGAAUCAGUGGAGGUAGCUUCGACACUACGGAUGAAGUCAAGGCGGAGCAGCAGCGCAAGAAGCUCACGAUGCAGUGUAUGCUGUUGGAGUGCGGUAUCCUCUUCCAUAGUGUGUUCAUAGGAAUGGCUUUGGCGGUGGCGGUUGGGAGUGAGCAGGUCAUCCUUCUCGUGGCGAUAGCUUUCCAUCAGACGUUCGAAGGGCUUGCGCUGGGCUCGAGGAUUGCUGCUGUGGGGUGGAAGCCGAGAGCAUUGCAGCCGUGGUUGAUGGCGUUGGCGUAUGGGUGCACCACGCCUUUAGGACAAGCAAUUGGCAUCGGAACCCGCAAUCUAUACGACCCAGAUUCAGCGACGGGGCUGAUCCUAGUCGGCACGAUGAACGCCAUCUCUUCUGGCCUGCUCACCUACACAAGUCUUGUCGAUCUACUAUCCGAAGACUUCUUAAGCGAUGACAGCUGGAGGACCCUGCGCGGCAAUCGCCGUGUAAUGGCGAUGUCGUUGGUGUUCUUUGGAGCGUUCUGCAUGUCAUUGAUCGGCGCAUGGGCAUAG